ACUGGUCCCGAAGGAAGAGAGGCAGACGUUGGUGGCCGUUGUGAUUUUGUAACGAUGCUUUGAUUCCGACAGUUUAACGGUCAACAAUUGUUUUAGCAACUUCUCCCUGGAAACAACAGCUGACAAUGAUGGCCUCCAGCUACAAAGACGAGGACGGACACAUCACCGUGUCGGGAUCCGGAGCCGCGGCCGGCGGCGGCGGCUCUCUGCGGAGCAAGAAGCCUGAAAACACCGCCUUUAAGCAGCAGAGACUCCCGGCCUGGCAGCCCAUCCUGACCGCAGGGACCGUCCUGCCAGCCUUCUUCAUCAUCGGCCUCAUGUUCAUCCCCAUCGGCAUCGGCCUCUACGUCACGUCCAACAACAUCAAGGAGUUCGAGAUCGAUUACACAGGAGUAGAAAUGUCCAGUCCGUGCUUUAACUGCUCCCAGAACUUCAGCUGGAACAGCACCAAGCCGUGCACCUGCUCCGUCCCCUUCCACCUGGACCAGCCGUACGAAAGCAACGUCUUCAUGUAUUAUGGACUCUCCAACUUCUACCCAGAACCACCGCGCUACGUCAAAUCCCGAGACGACAGCCAGCUGAACGGAAACGAGGAGUCCCUCAGGAAACCCAGUAAGGAGUGUGAGCCAUACGCCAAGCACAGCAACAAGCCCAUCGCGCCGUGCGGAGCCAUCGCCAACAGCAUGUUUAACGACUCACUGGAGCUGAUUUACAUCGACCCAAACGGCACUAAGGUCCAGAUCCCGCUGACGGCCACGGGAAUCGCCUGGUGGACGGACAAACACGUCAAGUUCAGGAAUCCUGGAGCAGAAAACACGAACCUCAGCGUCGCUUUUCAAGGAACGACGCAGCCGGUGAACUGGCGCCGGCCCGUGUACCAGCUGGACUCCGACCCGGAAAACAACGGAUUCAUCAACGAGGAUUUCAUCGUCUGGAUGCGGACCGCCGCCCUGCCCACCUUCCGGAAGCUGUACCGGAUCAUCCAGAGGCGGAGCAACAUGCAUCCCACGCUGCCGCGCGGCAACUACACCCUGGAGGUGGUGUACAAUUAUCCGGUGCGGAGCUUCGAUGGCCGGAAGCGGAUGAUCCUGAGCACCAUCUCCUGGAUGGGCGGGAAGAACCCGUUCCUGGGCAUCGCCUACAUCAGCGUGGGCUCCGUCUGCUUCCUGCUGGGCGUCGUCCUCCUCAUCAUCCACCACAAAUACGGCAACCGCAACAACGCCGCCGAGAUCUCCCACUGAGAGCCGGGCCGGGCCGGGCCGGGCCGGGCCGGUUCUGCUGCAGCCAGCAGCGUUGACGUUAAAAUCAGCUUUUUUAGAUUCCGACAACACGGCAGAGCGAGGAGGAGCCGAACAGGAAAACCAACCCCAGGAGUUCUGGAGCGACCCGCCGGGUCGCAGUCGUAACGCUCUCACUGCAGGAACCGGGUUCGGCUACCAGAACCGACCGGGUCGUUGGGAUGGGUGGUCUGGAAGCUGGGUCGGUUCUAUUCUGACUCCUCAGUGAAAUCAGUGCAGCUGCAGCAGUCUGUGCACAGGGAGCUGGUUAGUCCUUCUGACUGAAGCGUUCAGUGGUUCCGUUCUGACCCGGAUGACCAGACAGCGCCAUCAAACGUUACGGUUCUUUUGAAAUUAACUUCCUCAGAGCUCAACAGAACCUCUGGGUUUAGUGAGUCCAGAUCCACUUCAGGAAGUUCCUCCUAACGAUAAAAGCUCCUGGAUGUGUUUCAGGAUGUAAACGCUGCGAGAAAAACGGAUCUGAACGUUUUCUGCCCCGUUGUGAAGCUUCCUCCCGUCCUGCAGGGGGAGCUAAACCCAUCCAACUGUGAAUGUUAGUGCUAACAUUAGUACAAUAGCUGAGGCAGCAACACCUGCUUAGAUAAGCUAUAAUAAUAAUAAUCUGUCUGCAGAAACGCAGGACGAUCAUUUCAAGAUCAUUUCUGCACAUUUUAGUCAUUAAUAUUUCCAGCGUUGAGAUCCAGGAAUUAUCCAGGUCCAUUCAUCAUUUCUUUACAUUUUCCUUUGAAUCUGUUUCAUUUUAAUAGUUUUUACAAAUUAAUGCAGAAGAAAAAGUAGAAAUAGAUUCAGAAGAACCGAAAACUAAAUGAUUGAUGUAGAAUUUUCAGAGACCAGCGAUCCGACUGAGCGGUUCUGGUCCUGGUUCUGGUCUUGGUUUUGGUCCUGGUCCCGGUCCUGAUUCUGGUUCUGGUUCUAGUUCUGGUCCCGGUUCUGCUUCUAGUUCUAGUUCUGGUCCUGAUCCUGGUUCUGGUUCUGGUUCUGGUUCUGGUCCUGGUCCUGGUCCCGGUUCUGGUUCUAGUUCUAGUUCUGGUUCUGGUCCUGGUCCUGGUUCUGGUUCUGGUCCCGGUUCUGGUUCUGGUUCUAGUUCUGGUCCUGGUUCUAGUUCUGGUUCUGGUUCUGGUCCCGGUUCUGGUUCUAGUUCUAGUUCUGGUCCUGAUCCUGGUUCUGGUUCUGGUCCCGGUUCUGGUUCUGGUUCUAGUUCUGGUCCUGGUUCUAGUUCUGGUCCCGGUUCUGGUUCUGGUCCCGGUUCUGGUCUAGUUCUGGUCCUGGUCCUGGUCCUGGUCCUGGUCCUGGUUCUGGUCCUGGUUCUGGUCCUGGUCCUGGUCCUGGUCCUUGUUCUGGUUCUGGUCCUGGUCCUGGUUCUGGUUCUGGUCCUGGUUCUAGUUCUGGUUCUGGUUCUGGUCCCGGUUCUGGUUCUAGUUCUAGUUCUGGUCCUGAUCCUGGUUCUGGUUCUGGUCCCGGUUCUGGUUCUGGUUCUAGUUCUGGUCCUGGUUCUAGUUCUGGUCCCGGUUCUGGUUCUGGUCCCGGUUCUGGUUCUAGUUCUGGUCCUGGUCCUGGUCCUGGUCCUGGUCCUGGUCCUGGUCCUGGUCCCGGUUCUGGUUCUAGUUCUAGGUCUGGUCCUGGUCCUGGUCCUGGUCCUGGUCCCGGUCCUGGUCCUGGUCCCGGUCCUGGUCCCGGUUCUGGUUCUGAGCGUUGCUGCUGCGUCUUGUUGCCUCGUCGGUCUGACUGAUUCCUGAUUGGAUCUUUGGAUCCUGCAGGUUGUAACUCGUCUCUGUGGUUCUGCUCUCUGUGCUGCAUGAACUAAAUGCAUCCUGUUUCAUUUCUGCACUGAUGACGUUUGUUUUGAAUAUUAUUGUUGCUUUAAAUGAAUAAAUUCUUCAUUUUUAAAACAUGA